AUGGUAUUUGCAAGAACGUUAAUUCGGAAUAUUGAAGGUGUCGGCUUGAAGGUAAAUCCACUGCGGUAUUACCAUGCUACGCCAGUUACACAAGGUGCUAAAGCAGUUAAGUUUUUGAAAGCCCAGAAAAGAAGACAAAAAAAUGAAGCUAGGCAAGCCAGUAUAAAGAGUCAGUCAGAAAUGGUUGAUCCGGUACUAGGGCGGAAAGACACGCCAUUUAUCAAUCGUAUUAACGCCGAGAUAAAGGAACCUACAGUGUUAUCCUCCGAUUAUAACUACGAUGAAGUUGAAAAGUUUCUAGUAAGCGUAGAGGCUACAAAACAAGAACAUAGAGAUCUUUCACCUUUGAACCCAGAAUUUGCAACAACAGAAACGACUGAGAGUUUGUCAUUACGUCAUGAAGCGCUAUUUAGAAUAUUGAACAUCAGAAAUGCAAAUAGGAAGGAUACUAUGCAAAUUGCUAUUCGUUUAGCUCGCGAAGAGUUUCAAAGAUUCCCUGGUGAUACGGGAUCAAGUGAAGUGCAAGCAGCUUGCUUGACUGUCAGAAUACAAAAUCUUGCCAACCAUAUCAAAAACCACAAAAAGGACUAUGCCAACACAAGAAUGCUUAGGAUGUUGGUUCAACAAAGACAAAGUCUAUUGAGGUAUUUAAAACGUGAUAAUCCAGAAAGAUAUUAUUGGACUAUUGAAAAGUUGGGCUUAAAUGAUGCUGCCAUCACUCAAGAGUUUAACUUGGAUAGAAGAUACAUGCAAGACUUUAAAUUCUUUGGUGACAAAAUAUUAGUGAAAGAAUCAAAAAAGGUUGCACAACAGAUCCGUAAGGAUGAAAGAAAACAAAAGAAAGCUAGCUCGUCCUCGACAGUAGAACAACAACCUGUCUUGUAA